AUGUCCUCUCCUCUCCGUUCUUGUGAGGAAGAUGAGGGCAUGGUGGUUAAUUCCGAGGGAGGAGAUUUUGAUGAAGAAGAAGAAGACGACGGAGACCUAGACGAGAACGCAAGCGACAUAAACUCGCCGGCGGCGCCUAGAGAAACUGCAACACUAGCCGCGCCAGACGAUGCUGAGGAUGGAGGAGAGACAUCCGACAGGGACAGUUCGGGAAAGAAGAAACGGGGUCCCAGGAAAAAGAAGGAGACAAAGAAGAAGGACAAGGAUAAAGAUGGCAAACCAGCAAAACCUCGCAAGCGUAAAAAAAUUGAUAGCGAUGUAGAGAGGGAUUCCGAGCGAGACUUCGGAGAAAACUCAGAUAGUGCACCUAGUGACUUUGGUGGUGGAGAGAAGAAGAAGAAAAAGAAACACAAAGACAAGAAAGAAAAGACCAAGAAAAAGAGGAAAGAAGAUGGAGACAGCGCUCAGGAGGAGACAACAAAACAGCCGGUGGAGCAGAAGACAUCUGCCCAGCUGGCAAGAGACUGGGGCCUUGAGGACGUGGAUCACACCUUUACAGAUGAGGACUACCGCACGCUCACAAACUACAAAGCUUUUAGCCAGUUCAUGAGGCCCAUGAUAGCCAAGAAGAACCCAAAAAUCCCCAUGUCCAAGAUGAUGACCAUCCUGGGGGCCAAAUGGCGGGAAUUCAGCUCCAACAACCCGUUCAAGGGUUCUGCUGCAGCCGUCGCAGCCGCAGCUGCAGCUGCAGCCGCUGCCGUCGCCGAGCAGGUCUCCGCGGCAACUGCUUCCCCAGAGCCCCCACCCCAACCGCCGCCCCUCCGCAAGGCCAAAACCAAAGAGGGGAAAGGUCCUGGUUAUAAGAAGCGUAGUAAGAGUCCUCGGGUUCCUGACAAGAAGAAAGCGAAGGUUAAGAAGAUGGCUCCUCUCCGAAUCAAACUGGGAGUUCUGGGUAACAAGAGGAAGAAGAGCAGUUCGAGUGAAGAUGUGGAUGACGAUGACUCAGAGCAGGAGAACUCCAGUGUACACAGCUCCUCUGUACGCUCCGACAGCUCAGGACGGGUCAAAAAGAACAAGAGGGGUCGUCCAGCCAAAAAGAAGAAAAAAAUGUUGGGAGACGAUGAUGCUGAUGGCUAUGAGACAGAUCAUCAGGAUUACUGUGAGGUGUGCCAGCAGGGCGGAGAGAUCAUUCUUUGUGACACCUGCCCCCGGGCAUAUCACCUUGUCUGCCUGGAGCCCGAGUUGGAGAAGGCUCCCGAGGGAAAGUGGAGCUGUCCGCACUGCGAGAAAGAGGGGAUUCAGUGGGAGGCCAAAGAGGAGGACUUUGAGGAGUUUGAAGAGGAGUGUGAUGACGGAGCAGGCGCGGACGCCGGGCCGGGAGGAGGCGACGAGGAGGAGGACGACCAUAUGGAGUUCUGUCGAGUGUGUAAAGAUGGGGGAGAGUUGCUGUGCUGUGACUCCUGUCCUUCGUCGUAUCACAUCCAUUGCCUCAACCCUCCUCUCCCUGAGAUCCCCAACGGGGAGUGGCUGUGCCCGCGAUGCACCUGCCCACCAAUCAAAGGGCGGGUACAAAAGAUCCUUCACUGGCGAUGGGGUGAGCCUCCUCCACCUGUGCCGGUUCCCCCGCCUCCAGAUGCUCCUCCUGACGCGCCUCCUCCACCCCCAAUGAAGGGACGGCCAGAGAGGGAGUUCUUUGUGAAGCUGGCAGGGCAGUCCUACUGGCACUGUACCUGGAUCACAGAGCUCCAGCUGGAGAUUUUCCAUUCAGUGAUGUUCCGGAACUACCAGCGGAAGACGGACAUGGACGAGCCGCCCAGUCUUGACUACGGCUCGGGAGGAGAGGAGGAUUCUGGGAAGAGUGAGAAACGGAGGGCCAAGGAUCCCCAAUAUGCCAUUCUAGAGGAGAAAUAUUACCGCUACGGCAUCAAACCUGAAUGGAUGAUGGUGCACCGAAUAAUCAACCACAGUGUGGAUAAGAAGGGGAACUACCACUACUUGGUUAAAUGGAGAGACCUGACGUAUGACCAGUGCACGUGGGAGAGAGAUGAUCUGGACAUCCCAGAGUUUGGUGUCCAUAAAGCAGCCUACUGGAGACACAGGGAGGAGGUGAUGAAGGAGGACCCAGACAAGCCAAAGAGGAUGAGGAGGAAAGAGGAGGGUGAAGAAUCUGCGGGCUCUCCACUUAACGAUCCGACUAUUAAGUAUGAGGAGCAGCCUGACUUUGUUACGGCAACGGGUGGGACUCUGCACCUGUACCAACUGGAGGGUCUGAACUGGCUGCGUUUCUCCUGGGCUCAGGGCACCGACACCAUCCUGGCCGACGAGAUGGGCCUGGGCAAGACCAUUCAAACCAUCGUCUUUCUCUACUCGCUCUUUAAAGAGGGUCACACUAAGGGCCCGUUCCUGGUGAGUGCUCCUCUGUCAACCAUCAUUAACUGGGAGAGAGAAUUUGAGAUGUGGGCUCCAGACUUCUACGUGGUCACAUACACAGGAGACAAGGACAGCAGGGCCAUCAUCCGCGAGAACGAGUUCUCUUUCGACGACACAGCUAUAAAGGGAGGGAAGAAGGCCUUCAAACUGCGGAGAGAAGCCCCCAUUAAGUUCCAUGUGUUGUUGACCUCCUAUGAGCUGGUGACCAUAGACCAGACUGCACUCAAAUCCAUAGACUGGGCUUGUCUGGUAGUGGAUGAAGCUCAUCGACUCAAAAACAACCAGUCUAAGUUUUUCCGGAGGCUGAAUGACUAUAAGAUCGACCAUAAACUGCUGCUGACAGGAACUCCACUACAGAAUAACCUGGAGGAACUCUUCCACCUGCUCAACUUCCUCACCCCCAACCGUUUCAAUAAUUUGGAGGGCUUUCUGGAGGAGUUUGCGGACAUCUCCAAAGAAGACCAGAUUAAAAAACUCCAUGACCUACUUGGCCCACACAUGUUGAGACGCCUCAAAGCCGAUGUGUUCAAAAACAUGCCAGCCAAGACCGAACUCAUCGUCAGAGUGGAGCUCAGCCCCAUGCAGAAAAAAUACUACAAGUUUAUCCUUACGCGAAACUUUGAGGCACUGAACUCAAAAGGAGGAGGAAACCAAGUGUCUCUUCUCAACAUUAUGAUGGACCUGAAGAAAUGCUGUAACCAUCCCUACCUCUUCCCCACAGCCUCCAUGGAGGCUCCGAAGACACCCAGUGGAGCCUAUGAGGGCGUGGGACUCACUAAGGCUUCUGGGAAACUGAUGCUGCUGCAGAAAAUGCUGAGAAAACUCAAAGAGCAGGGUCACAGAGUACUGGUCUUCUCUCAGAUGACGAAGAUGUUGGACCUGCUGGAGGAUUUCCUGGACUACGAGGGCUAUAAAUACGAGCGAAUCGAUGGAGGAAUCACGGGAGCACAGAGACAGGAGGCCAUUGACAGGUUCAACGCACCUGGAGCGUGUCAGUUUUGUUUCCUGCUCUCUACCAGAGCUGGAGGGCUGGGCAUCAAUCUGGCCACGGCAGACACAGUCAUUAUCUUCGACUCCGACUGGAACCCCCACAACGACAUUCAGGCAUUCAGUCGUGCUCACCGGAUCGGUCAGGCCAAUAAGGUGAUGAUUUAUCGUUUUGUCACACGGGCUUCGGUGGAGGAGCGCAUUACCCAGGUGGCCAAGCGGAAGAUGAUGUUGACCCAUCUGGUGGUGCGGCCCGGUCUUGGCUCCAAAGCAGGCUGCAUGUCCAAACAGGAACUGGACGACAUCCUCAAAUUCGGCACAGAGGAACUCUUUAAAGAUGAGAUAGAGGGGGACAAUAAGGAUGAGGACAGCAGUGUGAUUCACUACGAUAAUGCAGCCAUCGAGCGUCUGCUGGACCGUAGCCAGGACGCCACCGACGACUCGGACAUGCAGAACAUGAACGAGUACCUGAGCUCCUUUAAAGUGGCCCAGUACACCGUCAGAGAGGACGACAAGAUAGAGGAGAUAGAGCGGGAGAUCAUUAAGCAGGAGGAGAAUGUGGAUCCCGACUACUGGGAGAAGUUGCUCAGACACCAUUACGAGCAGCAGCAGGAGGAUUUAGCCCGAAACCUGGGCAAGGGCAAGAGAGUCCGCAAACAGGUCAACUACAACGACGCCGCCCAGGAGGACCAAGAGUGGCAUGCUGAUAUCUCAGAUAACCAAUCUGAAUACUCGGUGGGAUCCGAGGAGGAGGACGAAGAUUUCGAUGAGAGGCCUGAAGGCCGGCGUCAGUCCCGGCGUCAGCUCAGGAAUGAGAAGGACAAGCCGUUGCCUCCCCUGCUGGCUAGAGUGGGCGGUAACCUUGAGGUGCUGGGUUUUAACACUCGUCAGAGGAAAGCCUUCCUAAACGCAGUGAUGAGGUGGGGAAUGCCAGCCCAGGACGCAUUCUCCUGUCAGUGGCUGGUCAGAGACCUGCGCGGAAAGAGUGAGAAAGAGUUCAAGGCUUAUGUGUCUCUGUUCAUGAGGCAUCUGUGUGAGCCGGUGGCUGACGGCUCAGAGACUUUUGCGGACGGCGUCCCGAGAGAAGGACUGUGUCGUCAGCCUGUCCUCACCCGAAUUGGUGUCAUGUCCCUGGUCAAGAAAAAGGUCCAGGAGUUUGAACACAUCAAUGGGAAGUGGAGUUUACCAGAGCUGAAGCCUGAUGUCACUGCAGACUCAAAGAAAUCCUCACGUGCCUCCUCCCCCGUCAUUAAGACGGCCACGCCCACCCCAGAGCCCAGCUGCAACAACACACCCUGCACCUCCAAACCAGCAACACCCUCUCCACCUGAUAAGAACGAAAAGAGCGGGAAGGAGGGAGAAAAAGAAGAGGGUGAGACCCAGCCUGAGACCGAGAAAGAGAAAGAAAAAGCAAAAGAGGAGAAGGAGGGAGAGGGCACGGAGGCGGCAGAUUUGACUGAGGCUCCAAACACUACGAAAGACAGCACUCAGGAGCCUCCAGCCAAUGAGAAGCAAGAGACUUCAGAGGGCUCUACCAAUACAGCAACUCAGGAGUCCAAAACUAAAGAGUCACCUGGGACACCCUCUGGCCCUCAGGAGGAGAAGGACAAGAGUGAGAAGGCGAAGGAGGAGGAGAGUGCGGAGACCCAGAAACCUAGUGAAAAAACAAAAGACGAAUGCUCCUCAGGAUCUCCCGCUGUCAAAGAUGAGAGUCAAGAUACAGAGAGAGGAGAGAAAGGAGGGACAGGGGAGAAAGUGGAGGAGGAGAAGGAGAAGAAUGCGGAGCCGUCUGUUGCUACAGAAACAUCGGAUAGCAAAGAAAAAACAGAGAGUCAAGGGUCUGAGGUUAAGAAAGCAGAAGAGGUGAAGGGAGAAAAGGAUGCUGGGAAAGAAGUCAAAGGGCCGAAGGAGGACGCGGCUAAGGGCAACGGGAAACCUGCAGAACGCCCCAGAUUUAUGUUUAACAUAGCGGACGGAGGCUUUACUGAACUGCACACACUUUGGCAGAACGAGGAGAGAGCCGCCAUCUCCUCAGGGAAGAUGAACGAGAUUUGGCAUCGGAGACACGACUAUUGGCUAUUGGCAGGCAUCGUGCAUCAUGGCUAUGCACGGUGGCAGGACAUUCAGAACGACCCACAAUUUGCCAUCGUCAAUGAGCCUUUCAAAUCACAAGCUAACAAAGGCAACUUCCUGGAGAUGAAGAACAAAUUCCUGGCCAGACGGUUUAAGUUGUUGGAGCAGGCUCUAGUUAUAGAGGAGCAGUUGCGGAGAGCAGCCUACCUGAAUAUGACCCAGGACCCCACUCACCCGGCCAUGGCCCUGAACGCACGCUUUGCAGAGGUGGAGUGCCUCGCGGAAUCCCAUCAGCACCUCAGCAAAGAGUCACUGGCCGGCAACAAGCCUGCCAAUGCAGUGUUACAUAAGGUUCUUAACCAGUUGGAGGAGUUACUGAGUGAUAUGAAGGCAGAUGUGACGCGACUCCCCGCCACUCUCUCCAGAGUCCCGCCAAUCGCCGCCCGUCUGCAGAUGUCAGAGAGAAGUAUCCUAAGCAGGCUGGCUAACAAGGGCAACGAGACACACACACCACCGCCUAUCCCACCGGGACCUUACGCCACCCCACAGAAUUUUGGGGCCCCAUUCACUCCUGCCCCCUCUGCGGGUCUGACCCUGGGUGGGGCCAACUAUAGUCAGAUGCCUCCUGGGUCCUUUGUAUCAGUGCUGAAUGGCCCCCCUAUGUCAGUGAAAAAAGAGAGGGAGGCUGAACAUCUAAUGGCAAGAAGAGAGCAGCGGAGUGGAGAAGUUAUCUGCAUCGACGACUGAGUCCAGCCAUACUACAACACACACACACACACUCACACACACACACACACACACACACACACACACACACACACUUGUGCACCAACACACACCCAAACACACACUCACAUAAACUGACUUACAGUUGUGCCACUUCAUCAGAUUACACAUGAAAACACACACACAUACACACACAGUGACAAGGCACUCUGCAAAACGUUUUAUAAUCAGCUGUGGCAGCAAUCCAGACAUACCUGAACACGAACAUAGAAAUAUUACAACACACACACACACACUUAGGCACUCCCUUGCACGAUUACAUCAGUCCAUUCUCUCUCUCUCUGUCUCUGUCUCUCUCUCUCUCUCUCUCUCUUUCUGACAGUAUCUGCCUCAAACCUAGCUCCUACAAACAAAAAAAGAAUAGUGCAGUUACCACACUCACACUAAUACACACACACCCCCACACACACAACACAGUCACAACACGAUAAAAAAAAAAAAAAAAACCUAACCCCAAAACCUCGCAACCGCCCUCAGCUAGGACAUGAAGCUGCAUGAGUAUGUGUAAAAACAUUUUUCCAUAUAGCUUCACAUCCAUGUCAGCAUCAUUCAUUUCUGAAGCAUGCUACUUUUACAAGUAUGUGAUAUAGUGGAAGGAACUAUCGACGCAUCAAGCUGUGCCUACCGUAUUAUAGUACAGUUUUUUGUUUUGUUUUGUUUUUUUUUUAAACACAGUUUUGCCAAUCACCCAUCGGAAAAAAAUCGGCAUGUCAGAGACCUUUUUUUGUAUCGGAGAAACCACAGCAGACAUUGACCGCAGUAAUGUUUCUGUCGGACUGUUCUGGAAUGUUACACUUUUACGUGUUCCAUAGCGGAACCGUCUAAGCAAGGCCUGGGUAAUUAAUCUUGGUGAGUGCAAUAUGGAAUGUGAAUUGGCUCUGAUUGUCCGUUGCUAAACCCCAAUCAAAUGCCUUUACAGGUUCUCUCAAAUUUUGAAUACAUGUCUUACAGCCAAGUGUAAUGUCAGCUGAAGUAUUACGCGCAUCCUAACGCAGUAUUAAGUGCAAAAUUUCAGCGAGGUUGGUAGUCUAGCCAGAAUGUGGAUAACAGAGAAGUAGUAUGUAAUUUAUAUCGCCCCUGUUAUAAUUAACAGCCCAUAUAUUUUGAAUUGGGUUGAGAUGAACGCUUUUGAGAAUGAAAUUACUCCGGCCCUGAAAAAAGUUUUUUUGUUUGUUUGAUUUUUUGUUUGUUUGUUUGUUUUUUGGCAUCGCCCCAAGAAUGCUAAUGGGAGUACCAAGUUAAAUAGUGCUUUGUUUUCACCACACCCCUUUUUGCUGCCAACCCCACCCCCUUUUCCACCCCACACCCUCCUCGCUCCUAUUUGUGUCCUCACUUCUUCACACCUCUUCACUCUCGUUUUUUUUUUUUUUUCCACAUUUCUAAUUCUCAUUUUUACAAACUCUGUGAUAUUGUUUGCGUAUUUAAGCUUGGAUCAUUGUGUUUUCCUGUGUUUUUAAUCCUUGUUAUUAUGACUAUGAUUAUUAAUUGUUGUCGUUGCUGUUGGUGUCCUCGAUGUUUCAAUUUGCGAAGCUUCUACCAAAUGGAUAAGAAAAAAAAUUCUGAACGAUCAUAAAUUAUGUGUUUCGUCCAUUGACGUUUCUCUUUUUUUUUUUUUUCUCGAGCAUCUUGUAAUAAAAGCGAACGAAGAGGUUAAACGAACUUCGGAGGAAAAAAAUGCAAAAAAAGAAAAGAAAAAAAAAGCAAACAAAGAUGUUGUUUCUUGCUUACAAUUUAGAUUCUCAAGGCUGGCACAUAAUCUAUAUGCAACGGAUCACUUAUGUAACCUUAAAACACAUCGAAAGUAUUAUAGAUAACAUUUAUAUCCAAAAAAGAAAAGAAAAAUAAGCAAACUAUACUCCCUCAUCUCUGGAGGACUCAGAGUUGACUUCUUUGGCUCACAGACAUUUUCUCAAAUGCACAGCAUCAUACUGUAAGCGCCUUAAAGCUAAGAAAACUUGUAAAGGGUUCAGACUUCAUCAGAGGACAUAAAAAAAAACUCUGUAUAUGCUUGCUGUUGUAGUCUAACUUUAGCUAGGUCUCAACUUGAACACAUUGUUAAGAGUUGAAAAGUUAAUUUAUUC